AUGUCCGCCGUGCGCAAACCUCUCUCCGAGGUCCUCCCUCCUCUGAUCCUCGGAACAGCCACUUUCAACCACCAGUACCACCCAGAUCCUACUCACAUGCCAUACACCGACAUCGUUGGCCGUGCUCUCGCUCACAACAUCCUCGGUUUCGAUACUUCGCCCUAUUAUGGUCCCUCCGAGAUUCUGCUCGGCGAUGCGCUGCGCAAGCUGACCCCUCCACCUCCCCGAGAGGGUUACUUUCUCAUUACAAAGGCUGGCCGUGUCGCAGGAGACGAGUUUGACUACUCACCUGCUUGGAUCCGAUAUAGCGUUUGUCGCAGUCUUGAGCGCCUCGGUACCCCCUACCUCGAUCUUGUCUACACACAUGACGUCGAGUUUGUAUCCCCCGAGGAGGUCCUCACUGCUGUCAUGGAGCUCCGACGGUUGAGAAACCAGGGACUUAUUCGCUACGUGGGCAUCAGUGGAUAUCCUGUUGAGACGCUCGCCUCGCUGGCCGAGAUGAUCUUGCGCGAGACAGGAGAACCGCUGGAUGCCGUCAUGUCGUACAGCAACUUCUGCGUGCAGAAUGGACAGUUGGGCGCGAAGAAAUUGCUGGAUCGGUUCAAGGCUGCAGGUGUUGACUGUGUGCCGAACGCCAGCAUGCUGGGAAUGGGACUUUUGACGACCCGUGGUAUCGAUAACAGUCCCAUGCGCGCAUGGCAUCCCGCACCCGAGGAGCUUCGAGAUCUAUGCAUCAAGCUCUCCGAUAUCGCACAGGAAGAAGGCGAGCAUCUCGAGGAGGUGGCUAUCCGCUGGGCCCUCGAGAACUGGGCGCGCGUCGGCUCCGAAUUCGGUACAAAGCUGAACCCCAGCGACACAGGCCGUCUCGGCGUCAGCGUCAUGGGCGUGUCAAGCGUCGACGAGCUGGAGGAGACGUGGGCUCUGUGGACGAGCGUGGUCGGUCUUGUGGGCGACGAGGAGGCGACGCAGCGCAAGGCCAAGAUCGAGAGGAUCGUAAGGGAGCGUAUGUGGCCUGCACUAGGAAGCUGGAAGGACUAUGCGUGGGAGAGCGGUGGUCCCGGGUUUGUUAAUACACGGAGGGUAGAAGAUAUGGGGGUUGUGCCGAGGGAUGAGACGGCGCUGAAGUGGCAGUUGAUACCCGGUGUGCUAGAUACACCCAAGAUUUGA